AUGCCCGUCGAAGUAGCGAUGAACACGCCAUUGGCGGACGCCCUCAACUCAGCAAUCCAGCCCAAGCUCGUCGAGGUUGGAUGGGGCACCGGCGGUACUGACGACUCCGCUCUCGCCGAAUACAUCAUCCUUAUGCUUGCCAAUGGAAAGACGCAAGACCAAAUUGCCAGCGAGCUCUCCGGAGAGCUUUUGGGCUUGCCAGCCGACGAUCCCGGCGUGCGCGACUUCUCAAAAUGGCUCUUCGAGCAAAUAGAGACCCUGAACGCGCAGGUGAACGGUGGACACGCCGCUGGCGGCGAUGCCAUGGCCGACGCACCCCAGGAGGGCGGGCUAUCCGGCGAGAUGGAUACGGACAUGGGUACAAACGACGUUUCUGAGUUGAACGCUCCUACGGGACCUCGGUCGAUGCGCAAUGGGAACAUGCGUGGUGGGCGGGACAAGCGGAUGCUGGGCCAGAUGAACAGGGCCAUGGACCGGACAGGCGACGGCGUCCUGCAUCGCACUCGAGGCAACGACCGUAUCAACACGCACGGCCGUGCCCCUCCCACGGGUCCUCGAACGGGCGCUGGCCGACUUCCACGACACAACAACCAUCGCGCUGCGAACCUCCAGGCGGGCCUCGCUGCAGGCGGCCCCCAGGCGAACUGGAUGAUGCAGGGCCAGCCUCCGAACCAGAUGGAGCUCAUGGCGAUGCUCGAAGAACAAAAUAAGAUGAUGUUCCAGCUCUCACAGCAGCUCAUGACGGGUGGCCCGGGCGGACGGGGUGGCGGCUAUGGCCAGCGCGGACGGGGCGGCAAGUCCCUCUUCGACAGAGUGUCGGACCCGCACCACAAGAACAAGUUCCGGAGAAACCAACACCAACAAGACGCCAACGGAGAGGGCUCCAAGACUGAGGAGGGAGCCGAGGGCGAGGAUGUCGACAUGUCGGGUGGCAAGCGCGAGGCGCCGAACCCGGAGGACACGGUGUGCAAAUACAACCUGCACUGCACAAACAAGGACUGCAAGUUUGCGCACCAGUCGCCAGCGGCGCCGCCGGGCGUUUCCGUGGACGUGACGGACACCUGCAGUUUCGGAGCGGCGUGCAAGAACCGGAAAUGCGUCGGGCGGCACCCGUCGCCGGCGGCUCGGCUGGCGCACCAGAACGAGCAGGAUUGCAAGUUCUUCCCCAACUGCCAGAACCCGCGGUGCCCGUUCCGACACCCUUCGAUGCCCGUCUGCCGCAACGGACCGGACUGCACGACGCCCAACUGCAAGUUCACGCACGUCAAGACCAAGUGCAAGUUCAACCCCUGCCUGAACCCCAACUGUAUGUUUGUGCACGAGGAGGGUCAGCAGGGUGGGUUCCGGGACAAGGUGUGGACGGCCGAAUCGGGCCCGGAGCACGUCAGCGAGCGCAAGUUUGUGGAUGAGAGUGCACCCGUCGAGCGUGUCAUACCCGGCGAAGAGCACGAGAUGACGACGGACGAGCCGGCGCAGGCAGCCGAAGCAGAUGCCAUCGCCUAA